UCAACUUUGACCUCUCACAACAAAAUGGCAGCCUCCUUGGGACGCAUUGCGAGAGCUCCUUGUCGAGUUUUUCUCGUUCUGCAGAGAGUUAAUCACAUCCAGAAAACUCAUGAAGUGCUGAGGGUCCCGUUUGUUGCUCCGUUCCUACGACACUUCUUUUAUUCGCCUAAACUGUCAUCUUCUGAUGGAGUUGAAUCUUUAGAGGCUCUCUCCCGGUACAAAGACAAACCAUGGGAGUAUCUGGAGAGCGAAGAGUAUAUUGAGCGCUAUGGAUCCAAGCCUGUGUGGUCUGACUACAGACGGAACCACAAAGGGGGUAUCCCUCCUCAAAAGACAAGGAAGACCUGUAUUAGAGGAGAUAAGAUAUGUGGGAACCCUUGUCCAAUCUGCCGUGAUCCAAAUAUCAUCGUCCAUUAUCAGAAUGUGAACCUGCUGCAGCAGUUUGUAAGUCCUUACACCGGGAUUGUGUAUGAUCCCACUCGGACAGGUGUAUGCAUGAAGCAACAGAAACUGCUUAACAAGGCAAUUGAAACAGCGAGAGAUCAUGGCUUGAUAUCCUCCCAGUUACCAUUUGUAGACUACUCUGCAGAGGACUACUCAAACGUGCAUGGAGCAGUGGGACACACACCUGCCCCACCUACCUAUACCUCUGGUGAACCUUGGUAUUCAUGGUAUGGUAACGUAGAGCCAAAUGAAAAAGAACUGGCCAGAGUAAAGAAGAUCUACAAAGCUUACCUGAAGUAAGCUACUGGAGAGGUUUUCUGGGCACAGAUUAAGUCUGGCUAUGGACCCAAUUACUCUAUGAAUGACUAUUGUGUCACUGGAUAUCUUGAAUAAUAAAGGACUAAGGUUAAUGUGCUGAAAA